AUGUCCGCGCUGUUGCUCACGGUCGCGGUCUGGAGCAACGAGUCGACGGUGGCCGCCCCAUUAGCCACAGGUGCACCAGAAGUCACCGGCUUGUCGAAGGACACCGUUUCACCGGAGCUACGAAAGGCUUACGCCCGCUUCCGCUCGCGUGAGAUUACCGAGUGCCUCGAGCUUCUGAAGGAAGCUUGUGAGAACGACCCUGAUCUUCCUCCGGCCCACCUGAUUUUGGCCCAGCUCUAUUUCAAUGCGAAUCAGAUUUCGCUGGGUCGCGGAGCACUCGAAGAAGGGGCACUCCAGAACCCCGACUAUCCCGACUGUUACCUCACCCUCGCCGACCUUGCCUGGCAAGAAGGUCGCGUGGCCGAAGCCGGACUUUGCUACAACCACGCGUUAGAGUUGGCAAAGAAAUACGAUGGUGACGAAGGCCGAAAGCGUCGAUUCAUCGUUCGGGCGCUCACAGGCCAAGCGAAAGUGAUGGAAGCCCGCAAGCAAUGGGACGAAGUGCUGGCCACAUUAGAAGAAUUGCUCGAGCUUGACUCUGAGAAUGCUCAACUGAUGCAGCAACGCGGCAUCGCGAUGUUCAAGACGGGCACCGCCAAAGAGGCCUACGAAGCACUAAAAGAAGCUGCCGCGAAAUCAGACGAGAUCACCCCUGCCGCGGUGACGCUCGGCCGGUUGUACGAGCAGAACGAGAACCGUGAAAAGGCCAAUCAGUGGAUGGAGUUUGCGGCGAAGGAAGGCCGGACCGAUGCACGCACCCGUCGCGAGGUCGCCCGCUGGCUGUGGGAAACCGAACAAUACGAAAAAGCGAAGGGCCAUGCCGAAGCGGCUGUUCAACUCGAUGGCAACGACAACGAUGCGAAAUUGAUUCUGGGCAUCAUCCAGCGAUACCUGGAGGACUACGCUGCAGCCGAAAAGGUUUUGCAAGAAGUGUAUUUACAGAUGCCCAAUAGCUUCGAUGCCUCGAAUCAAAUGGCCCUGGUACUCAUCGACCAGGACGACGAGCAGAAGCACGAGCGUGCCCUGGCGCUGGCUGAAGUGAAUGCCUCGCGGUUCGAUCAGACAGACCGCCGCUACUUCCUCGCACACGCUACGUUAGGCUGGAUUCAAUUCCGAAUGCACCGUCUCGAUGAGGCGGAACGGAACAUCAGAAUCUCCGGAGGUACUAACGGUAUUACCUCCGACAUGGCAUUCUUCAUGGCCUGCGUCUCAUCAGAACGUGAGAAGUACGAAGAAGCCAAGAGCCUGCUGAAGCGAGCGCUCGAAACGCCUGGGCCUUUCGCCUAUCGCAAUAGUGCUCGUGCUCGCCGUGAAAUGCGCUUCACGUCUUUCCGCGAUCUUCCCUACCCCGGCAACACGCGAAACGGCGCGAUCAUUCGAUUUGCGCUCGCGAUAUGCGUGCCGAUUGCAACCUCCCCUCCUCCUCCGUCGCUGACAUUAAGUUCUCCGCAAGCUCGUCCGGUCACGAUUCCUUCGAAGCCUGUGCCGGGCACCAGGCCAGCCAACGCGGUAGAUAGUCUGUCGGUCGCGCCCCAAAUCGUGGUCGCGCCAGUGAAUAGCGAAGUAGCCAUAGUGGCCAGCGCAAAUGGUCCGAACGGACGCAUGGAAACCGGUCGCCGUGUGGAGUGGACACUCGACCCAGCAGGCGUGGGCCACUUUGUGGCGGUCGACGGCGCAUCGAUGUUCAAUCCUUUCCUCCGCUGGGACUCGUGGCCUCGUAAGGUCGAUGCCACCUUCGCCAUCAGUAAAACCCUGCGGCAGAACAUCACGCUCACUCGGGGCACUCCGAUAGUCGACGACGACAUGAUGGUCCUCAGUGGGCAGACCUGGGCGACGGUUACUUCGCCAGUUGAGGGAACCAGCUAUCUUUCGGCCUAUGCUCCCGCCGUGUACGGAUGGGAUGGGCACAAGCAAGCCGCGCGAAUCCAUUGGGUCGAUGCGGUUUGGAGUUUCCCGCCGGCUGCAGUGAAUCCCGCAGGUACCCGGCACGUGUUCACCACCACGGUGUUGCGGCAUACCGACCAAUCCCCCAUUGCUGGAUGGCUGGUUCGCUACGAAAUCGUGGACGGUCCCCCGGCCGGCUUUGCCCCCGACGGCGCUACGGCCAUACAAGUACCGACCGACGAGUCGGGGCAAGCCAGUGUGGAAAUUUUCCAAACCGAGCCUCAGUCGGGCACGAACAACGUGCGGAUUGAGAUUAUCCGGCCAGCACAGACCGCCGGUGGUGCCGCUCCUCGUCUAGUUGUAGCCACCGGUGCCACGGCCAAGACCUGGAGUUCGCCCGACAUCGCGCUACGAAUGAACGGGCCUUCGCGCGGCAGCAUCGGUUCGACGCUGACCUACCGCAUCGAUGUUUCCAAUCCCGGCGGUGUAGCCGCAGGGGGCGUUUCGGUCCUGAAUGACAUUCCCCAAGGCCUGAGCUACCUGGAUAGCACCCCGGCCGCCACCAGUUCCGGGCCACGGCUGCAGUGGGAUUUGGGUGAACUCGCCGCCGAUCAAUUGCGUUCGAUCGAAGUCAAUCUGCGAGCCGAUCAGGCAGGCACGUUCAACAACUGCGCCACCGCUAACACCGGGGAAGGCCUCACUGCCCAGAAUUGUGUAUCAACCACCGUCACUGUGCCCUCGCUCGACGUGACGAUCAAUGGCCCACCCCAAGUGCGUGUGGGCGACCAGGUGGUGUUCGACAUUACGAUUGCCAACCGCGGCGAUGUAUUGGCAACCGACCUGGUCCUGGUAAACCGCUUCGACCCUGGACUUCAGCACGAGAUCGCCACCAGCCCAAUCGAACGUGACCUUGAGAACCUGGAACCGGGUCAGGCACGUCGCGUCCAGAUUGCCUUCACCGCCACCCAACCCGGCGAGCAGUGCAGCGUGGCUGAAGUCGUGGCCAACGGUGGAGUGGCAACCACUGCCCGAGCUUGCGUUUCAGUUGAAGCAGCUGCGGCACCUCCGGCCACAACCCCGCCUGCGACGAUUCCCAGUGAACCACCACCUCAGACACAACCACCCAGCGCGCCCGCAGGACCGGGACAGGUACGUGUCCGCAAGACUGGCCCAUCCUCGCGGAUCGUAGGGAACAUGGCCCUGUUCACCAUCGAAGUCACCAACACGGGCCAGGUGCCGCUUACGAAUGUAAAGGUGGUCGACAACUACGAUACGAGCCUCGACCCGCAGCAGGCGAGCGAUGGCUAUGAGAUUGUCGGCCAAGACCUCGUCUGGACGGAAGCAUCGUUGGCUCCCGGCGAGACGGCCCGCUUUGAGAUCAACUGCCGCUGCACACAGGCCAUCGAACGUUCUUGCAACCGGGUGACCGUAACCGCCGACGGAGGGCUCAGGGCCGAUGAUGAGUUCUGCCUGGAAAUUCAAAGCCCACCGGCUGGCUUGACGAUGACCCUCUCCGACCUCAACGAUCCUGUAGAGGCGGGCAAGCAGCUAACCUAUGAGAUUCGAGUGCAAAACCAAGGGCAAGCCCCCGAUGGUAACAUCGUCGUAGAGGUAAGGCUCCCGCAAGAGUUCUCUCCCGUGGCGAUUGGAACGAGUGGUCCCUCGCAGCCGAGUAUCGAAGGGCAAACGAUCCGUUUCGCCCCGGUGGCCGAACUGGGGGCGGGCCAAACGCUAACCUACCGAGUACGAGUCCAAGCCAACCGGGCGGGCAUGGUCCGCAUGGUGGCUAGCGUGACGAGCCAAUCGCUAUCGACCGCGGUGACCGCAGAAGAGAGCACGUCUGUGUUCGACGCCGCAAGGACCUAG